AUGCCGACAAUUCCACCGCAAACACCGGGGAGAGCUCAGGUGCGGACUGAUAAUUCACGAGCGUCCAAUCUCUCCAACGACUCCGGCUCGGGAGCAGAGACUCCAGCCCGCAGGCGUCUACAAAAGUCCGCUUCGACCAAUUUCCCUCCCAAUAAUUCUAACUAUGAUACCUCCAAUGGGGUCGCCGGGCCGCGCGCGGGUGGGAUGAAUAGGAGAAGAUUGUCAAUUCGAGAUCAAAGAGUCCCCCAGGGCCCACGACCACAAGAAACAUCGCGAUGGAAUAAACCUGGCCCGUAUCUCCAUUCUGGGAACUCAUCCAUUGAUUCUACAAUCGAUUCGAGCAAAAACUUCAACCUUCGAUCUACGAGCGUGGGAAACCUGGCUAAGGCCGACCCCAAUUCAGCGGAGAACAGUGAUUUCCUUGCGCCGAUCAACUUUGACGACUUUCACAACAGCAUCAUGGGCGAGCCUAGUUUGAAUAACUUCCCUAUGCCUGGGAACGGUGGCGCGGGGGAGAACCGCGAUGCUGGUCCGACCAAUCCUUGGGAAAAUCACACAUAUGAGCAGAAUACUUCUGAGCAUACGCGGGGUCCUCCUUCCGCUCGCCGCAAAAGUGAGGUGCAGCGUCCGAAUGGUCAACCUGCCAAUGCAGGGCUCACUGCAUCUUCUGCCAACAUCCGCGCCCGUCGCCAGAGCUUAGCUCAACCGGCGGCUGGAAACACCGCUUCGAGGGGCUCGCGCAAGUCGAUCAGCUCUGGUGCCUUUGCGCCUACAAACGCUUCGGCCAGACGUGCUAGUCUGAGUGCUCGUAAAUUCAGCACGGAUACUACGCAAGCAAACACCGCUUUCCUCCGCCCUAGGACCCAGGACUCCGAUACCAAAGUUCCGUCUGCCGUCCGUAACCUCAAGGCCAAGUCGUUCCAGCCGAGUCCACGAGACCCUCCUGGUUCUUUCUUGACUGCGACUGGUGCUCUUGACCACUCGCGCUCGUCAUCGACCAAUGCUGUGCGGACUCCGGUGAAGAACCCCUCGGGUCCCGCUGCGACCCCUUCCUCGUCCUCAAAACGGGCAUCUGUCAUGCCUCCGCACGCGACUGGGUUGGGUGCUCGUACCAUCAGCCCGACUGAUGCACGACGAAUGAAGCGAAUGUCUAUUGCUCCUCCUGCGCCUCCGAUGCCACACACACCUCCAACUCAGAUGGAGCCUCUUCCCAUCCGCCCCCUUUCUUCAACUCAAUCUCCCUCUCAAAUCCCCAGGAAGAGCGUCACCCCCUCUUCCAGUCGCACCACACCCGACCCAAAUCGGAAGUCAUACAGCUCUGGCUUGUCUGUUUCUUCGAGUACUAGUUAUAACUCAGCGCGCAACUCUGGAAGUUCUCUCCAAAACCGACUGUCUCAGAACUUGUCUUCGUCACGGUUACCGACACCCAAACCAAGGACUGAACAAACCAACUCUAACGGAGAAGAGGUACCACCGGUUCCAGCAAUUCCCAAAGCCUAUGAGUCACCCAAAGGUGAAUUGGAUGCGCCUGUCUUCCCUGCGCCCAGAAAAUCGAGCAUUCCACUUGAUAUCGGUCUUUUGAACAUUAAAGAUUCGGGGUCCAGUCAACAAACGCAAAGUGUGACUCCCGUUGAGAAUUCCGAGCCCGCAGAAUCAGUCAACACUCCCGAUGCGCGAACGCGGACAUCGACCGUCUUAGGGGGGCGCAAAGGCUUGCAGCCCUUAAAGCUGCCCCCACUCAAUUUGUUGCCGUUGGGGACACCUAUGGCGGCUAAGAUUGAUGCGCUCAAGGAUAGAGACGAGGAGCGCAAUGCCCAUACCCCAUCUAACCAGGUUAUAUCAAAAACGCCGGGUACUCCGAUGACAGCAUCCAAAGCGAAUUUCUGGUACCAUGACGAGGAUGAAAAGCUACCUCUGACUCAGGCUCGGAGCAGCACCUCGCACUUUGCUGUCAGUUCUUCGACUGCCGCUGUACGGGCUGCAAGCAGCACAAGCGCUUUCGAGUCUUUCGACACUCCAAACUCAUCCUCCCCCCGCAACAUAUCUCCUUAUGCUUCAUACACAUUGCCCAAGAGCGGCACCGAGAUGAAUCAUCUCCGUCACCAAGUCAGCGCAGACUACUCGAACCGGAACCAGGCGCACAAGCUCACCGGACCUCGGCCGCAGACGCAGACUGCCGUGUUCACACCUGCUCCAGAACGACUUAGCCAAAUCUCUACCCCUUCAGAGCCCGAAAGUGUCACCGCAUCGAGCUCAUCACUACGAGACCGACUCAAAGUAGCGCGUCUUCGCAGCAACUCUAAGGCGCAGAAGGCUGACCAUGAUACUGACCCUACAAAGCUCAAUCAUAUGCCGCCUCCCAAACUCCCGGCUUCUGCAACAUGGAAUAAUCUGACGUCCAUCAACUCAACGAGUCCUAACCCCAAGCCAUCGUAUCUCAAUCCCCGCCGGCAAUCAUCCGUUUCAAGUGGUACAAAUCCGGCGGCUCGCAAGCCAAGUGUCAGUAGUGACAGGAGCCUUGCCUUGGAGCCAACUGUUUCCCAUGAGUCUGGCGAUAGUGAUCGCUCUAAGCGCUCGCACAGCUCUUACAUCUCUCCUGUUCACAAAAUGAUCAGCAAUGCUAGAUCUAGCACUGCGGCUUCGGCUGCUCCGCGGUCUACCGAUGGCGCGGUUGAUGUCGAUGUAAUUAUUGCAGACGAAGAGAUGAAACGACUGGGAUCUAAGAGGAAGGACUUUGAGAAGGCUGCCAGAGUGCUGGACGAUUUGCGCCGCAAGGCUGGGCCGAAGGAUCGCGUCAGCCCCGCCCAAGCUUUGAAAAUGGCUACUCUCAACAUCUUUGAACGUGGCGAGAUCAUCGACUAUCGUGACAUCUUCUUCUGUGGUACGCAAACUGCCAAGAAACACGUUGGGGACCUGCAUUCUGGUGCUGCAAACUUUGGAUAUGACGAUGACCGCGGCGACUACAAUAUUGUGAUGGGUGAUCAUCUGGCCUAUCGGUACGAGGUCGUUGAUGUCCUCGGCAAGGGAAGUUUCGGACAGGUUGUGAGAUGUGUCGAUCAUAAGACGGGCGCCUUGGUUGCAAUCAAAAUAAUUCGCAAUAAGAAGCGCUUCCACCAGCAAGCUCUGAUCGAGGUCAACCUUCUCCAAAAGCUCAAGGAAUGGGACCCUCACGGCAAACACAGUGUGGUCAACUUUACCCAAAGCUUCUACUUCCGAGGCCAUCUGUGUAUCUCGACUGAGCUUCUCGGAAUGAACCUUUACGAGUUCAUCAAAGCGCACGAGUUCCGAGGAUUCUCAUUGAAGCUGAUUCGUGUCUUCACGAAGCAGAUGCUGAGCAGUCUGGUGUUGCUGCAUGCAAAGAAAGUCAUCCACUGUGACCUGAAGCCCGAGAACAUCCUUUUAGUUCACCCGAUGAACUCUGAGAUUCGUGUCAUUGACUUUGGUUCAAGUUGCUUUGAAAAUGAGAAGGUUUAUACCUACAUUCAAAGUCGCUUCUACCGCUCGCCGGAAGUGAUCCUCGGAAUGUCCUAUGGCAUGCCGAUUGAUAUGUGGAGUUUGGGUUGCAUUUUGGCUGAGCUUUUCACUGGCUAUCCCAUCUUCCCUGGCGAGAAUGAGCAGGAACAACUUGCCUGCAUUAUGGAAGUGUUUGGUCCUCCGGAAAAGCAUCUCAUCGAGAAGAGCUCUCGCAAGAAGCUUUUCUUUGAUUCUCUGGGCAAGCCUCGCUUGACGGUUUCGUCUAAGGGCCGUCGACGUCGGCCUAGCUCGAAGGAACUACGCCAGGCCCUGAAGUGCGAUGAUGAGGCCUUCCUCGAUUUCAUUACUCGCUGCCUUCGGUGGGACCCUGCUCGUCGAAUCUCGCCCCACGAUGCGUUGAAACACGAGUUCCUUACCGGCGCGUCGUCUUCCUCUCGUCCGCUGCCCGAUCCUCCAGGUGCCACGCUGAAAAGCGGGUUCUCCCGCCGCGACAUCUCAGGCACUUCCCCCGUCAAGGGUGGGAAGCGCCACUCUACUGUCAACGGUCCCCCUCCGUCCAGCCCCGGCAAGCGAGGCUCGAGCAACGUCACCAGCUCAGGCUCAGCACUGCCUCGUGUCUCAGCACGGAGUAUCAGCGGGAAGCCGGACCUCGCUACUGCGGCGGCUGCGACAAGCCUGAAGAAAUGA